AAAUAAUGAUUCCAAAUGUUGAUUCGAAAACAGACCAACGAGAUGGGAAGUAGUCUGAAUCUUCUACUGGUUACAGCGUGUUUUCUUCUCGUGUAUACAGGCCUACCAGUGACGUCAUCAAACUCCCAGAAAGUUGACAUAUCAUGCCGCACGAAUUGGUUGAAAGCGGACAACAGCUGUUACUACUGGACAGUUGCUGACCAGGUCACGUGGGCUGGCGCCCGACUAGAGUGCCAGUCUCGGGGGGCAGAUCUGAUGGUGAUCAACUCUGCCAAAGAACAGGACUGGGUGGACGUGCAGACAGGGGAGGCGAAGACUGACGGAUGGUGGGUGGGUCUCUCCUACAGCGUGGACGACGUGCAGUGGGAGUGGCUGGACUCUACCGUCAGCAUCGACGGCAUCCAGUGGAACCUUGAACCCGACAACUACGAGAACGAAGACUGCUGCGCCAUCAACGAGUACGGCAAGUUCAGCGACGACGCCUGUCGGGAACAGUACGGGUACAUCUGUAAAGUACAACGGACUAAAAGCGAGCCAUGCCCCACGCCUGCCGAUGACGAACGCUGGGUGUUCCUGGACUACGCCUGCUACUUCAUCAGCAACCCCUCCGACACUAGUGACCGCCUUUCCUGGAGCGACGCUAGGACAAAAUGCCAGGGCUUGAAACCCAAGGGUGUGGCGGCAAACAUGGAUCUUUUGUCUAUAGCUUCAGCUGACGAGUUCAGAUACUUCAACGAAGAACUACCUGAUCUGUCGAAUGCAGGCAUGACACUGAAGUGGUGGACUGGCCUCAAUGACCAACAGGCUGAGUCUAUGUAUGUCUGGUCUGAUGGAUCCUCUUGGAACUCAUCCUACACGCCCUGGGAUUCCGCCCCGAGCGGCGACCGCAGCCAGAAUUGUGGCCUCAUGUACACCGGCGGAGUCGUUGACGACGUUAAGUGUUCAGCCAGAGCAGGGUAUAUAUGUGAAACCUCAGCUGUACACAAAUCGAAGAUCUGGGGUGCGCUGACCACUGGAUUCGGGGAGGUAAACAUUGCUAUCUACUACAAAACCAAACAAAAAGCUACGUGGGCCGAUGCCCAGACGUUUUGCAAGAACGGGAAAGGUCAUCUGCUGAAGGUCGACGACGUGGAUGAGAAGUACUGGUUUGAUCACAUGUAUCUGACCGGGGGGCGUGGCUACUGGACAGGGCUCAACGACCAGGCCAAGGAGGGAGAUUUCAAGUGGGCCGAUGGUACCGCCCCAAACAACUCGCUUAUUCAGUGGGACAGCGAGCCGGACAACGCCAACAACCAGGACUGUACGAAGAUGAUGAGUGACGGCUCCUUCAGUGACGCCAGCUGCAACACCAGGGCCGGCUUCAUCUGUAAAUACACCAAGGACCCGGGGGCAGCGUGUGCGACAGGGUGGGCGACGUUCCAACAGUCAGGGUGCUACUACAUCAGCUCCGCCAACCGGAGUCAGGGCCUAAUGUGGAGCGAGGUGAAGCAGAGGUGUCUAGACCUGGCACAUGUCUUCGACAGCGAGCUCCAGGCCUUCUAUCUUUACAUAGAGAGCAAGCCCGAAUUGACAUGGUUGAUAUCCCAGCUACAACAGCAACCGGACCUCGGGAUGAUGUGGUGGACGGGGCUCAACGACAUCGCCAACGAGGGUGUCUGGAUGUGGGCGACAGACUUCGCCAACCCGGUCGACCUGACUUUGAUUCCCUGGGACACUGAACCCAACAACUACGGAGGUAACGAGGACUGCGCUGUCAUGCUGCCUGGUGGCCGCUUCAACGACAUGCCCUGCAACGCCAAGUCCUACUACAUCUGUGAGAGUGCGGCAGGUCUCGGCGCGUUGAUGUCGACCCUGCUGGUGUGGAUAGGGGUGAUGGCAGCCCUUCUUACAAGAUAACACCCAGACACCCGAGUAGCAGAACUUCCUUUGUCCGGACAACCUUAAUCCAAACGCCGUUGUUCCCAAAGCUCAACCUAUGCCUUUUUUAGGUUCGGAUUAAGAAGGUUGAAACUGCACACAGUGUUAUGGGGUACAGAUUAUACUAUAAGUGAUCGUUUCUCCAACAAUUUGAAUGUCACAUUGUUCGGAUUAUAGAGGUUAUUUUGUUUUACGUAGUUUGAUUUUAUGCUGUUUUCGGCAUGUUUACAAACUUACUCAAACAUCCCAUGACGUUAUGUCGUUGCAUGAUACCCUGCUUGCUCGGGACAUCAGUAAAACAUGAUGCGCGAUUUGAUUCGCCUUUUGUGCCUCUCUCUUCAAUAAAGCAAUGAUUGCGAUAAUUCUUCAUUUUGAAAUGGUGAACCGAAUGUUGAGGUUCACACGUAACCGGCUUCACACGGAUUGUUGUUGACGUCGCUGCCCCAAGGGUAAGGAGUGAGUUUCAACAGGUUCGACAUCCAACAUCUGUAACAUUUCAACUGUAUCAUAAGAAUAUGUUAAUUGAUAAAAAACCCAAAGUGCUGAUGCAAGGUAUUCUCGUUGUUGCAACUCAUCUUGCUCCACGUCGAAAUCUAUUUAUACGCAGUAUGACAUUAAAUACAGGUGCAAUGUAUAUUGUACAUACCAGAUCGUGCCGUUAUUGUAUCUUAGAUUACAGAUUCUGUGAGCCAAACCCAUCUCACCAGAUAGAAUAGCGUUAAAUAAUGGUCAACAUCCGGGUUCUGCUGGGACCAGCGUCAGCAUCAACGCGAUGAGUAAUUAUGGAUGUAAAUUUAAACAAAAUAUGAUUAAGUGUGCAGUCAAUGUGUUGUUGUUUUUCAUGUGUUUAUAAUCAUACGUCUUGUACAUGUAUGAUGACGUUACCUCGUUAUGGAGAUCAAGCUCAGGGGUCUUGAGGAGGUACUGUCUGUUGAGGAGAACCCCCUUCAAGUCACACGGUACCGGUUAUAAGAAAAAUUUGUGAAUAUAAUUUUCUACAGGAUUUGAAAUACAGGACAGAUAUUCCAAAAGCGGUGUGAAUUUUGAUUCUCAAUUUUAUUUUGGUUCUUAGAGAUGAAGUUAAUUUGGUUAGUUUGUUUGUUGUAAAGGCCGCGCUCAGCAAUAUUCCAGCUACAUUAUGUCUGUAAAUAAUCGAGAUUGGACCAGGUAAUCAAGUGAUCAACAUCAUGAGCAUCGAUCUACAAUUGGGAUACGAUGAGUCAACCAAGUUAGCGAACCUGACCACCCUAUCCCGAUGGUCGCCUCUAGAUGAAGUUGAUAUUCAGUAUAUCAUAAUAGAACAGAACUGGUAUAUAUUACAGCAAUUUCUGGCCCCAAAUCGGGACCAACCAGUUGCGUCUGCGAACUAGUAUAUUGUAUGCACGUUUCAUAGCUGCAAGACGGCGUCAAACAAUUUUCACUCACUCCUCAAACAAUCGUAGCGGUCGACGUUUCCACAGUACAAUGCUUUAACAGUGUAGAGGGGUCUGAUGUUGUGGAUACCGUGGUGAUUUCAUCAUCGUGAUCUUGACCAUUACGCCAACAGUAGGGACACUUACACACAAAUGUAAACUAUUUCUGUAUGAAGUGAUUUAACAUGUCAUUUAAUAUAUUUUGUUUUAAUAAAAUAAUUAGUCUUUGUAA